UAACAUAUUCGAGAGCUGCCGCUGGCUGUGUAGGUCUCAACCAUAAGUCGCCGCAAAGCCGCCGUUUUCUUCUUCUGAGAAAUUGAUAUGGAAGAAGAAGGGGAAAGAGUUGAAGGAGCUAUCUUCAGAGACAUAAGGCGUUAUUUCUGCGAAUAUUGUGGAAUCUGCAGAUCUAAGAAAUCUCUCAUAGCCUCUCAUAUCCUCACCCAUCACCCGGAGGAAAGGAACAAUGGAGGAAAGGAAGAAGAGGGAGCUUCGUCGUCGAAUAAUACAUGUGAAGAAUGCAGUGCUACCUUUAAGAAGCCUGCUCAUUUGAAACAACACUUGCAAAGCCAUUCCCUUGAGAGGCCAUUUGUUUGUUCAGUUGAUGAUUGCCAUGCUAACUAUAGGAGGAAAGACCACUUGAAUCGCCACCUUCUUCGGCACCAAGGAAAACUUUUCAAGUGUCCAAUUGAGAACUGCGAUCGAGAAUUCGCAUUUCAAGGCAACAUGAAAAGGCAUGUGAAAGAAUUUCAUGAUGAUGAGGAUCCAUCUUCCCCUGGUCUCUGUAGUCAGAAGCAACAUGUCUGCCAGGAAGUAGGAUGUGGAAAGGUGUUCAAAUUUGCGUCAAAGCUGAGAAAGCAUGAAGAUGCCCAUGUGAAGCUAGAUUCAGUGGAAGCAUUCUGUUCUGAACCAAGUUGUAUGAAAUACUUUACUAAUGAGCAAUGCCUUAGGGCUCAUGUGCAAUCAUGCCAUCAAUAUAUUAAUUGUGAAAUAUGUGGGACAAAGCAGCUGAAGAAGAACAUCAAGCGGCACCUUCGAUCACAUGAACCAGGAGAUGUAUCAGAGAGAAUUAAGUGUGAUUUUGAGGGUUGUUGCCAUACAUUUUCAACUAAAUCAAAUCUUCGUCAGCAUGUCAAGGCUGUGCAUGAAGAACUCAAGCCUUUUGCAUGUAGCUUCUCUGGAUGUGGCAUGAGAUUCUCAUACAAGCAUGUUAGAGAUAACCAUGAGAAAUCAGGGUGCCACAUUUAUGUUCCAGGGGACUUUGUAGAGUCUGAUGAGCAGUUUCUUUCGAGGCCGAGGGGUGGGCGGAAGAGAACAUUCCCCACUGUUGAAAUGCUUAUUCGAAAAAGAGUGACUCCACCACAAAUGGAUACAAUGACGGAUCUGGGGCCUAAUCUUGGUUGCUCUUAGCCAGAUAUGAGGACUAAACUUUUCUAGGACCUGCCUUCCCUCCCUAUACUAAAGAAGUAGGUGAAUGUAAUGUAUAGCAUACAUAGGCUAUGUUUUUCUUGCAUGCCCCAUGUUUUUUCUUUUGUAGUUAACUUUGUAAUUAAAAGGCGAAGUUUAUAUGUAAUGAGUUAUUUUAAGUUGUAGCCAUUGGUGGAGAAUGUUGUUUUAAACCAAUAAGUUAUAGUUAUAUAUAGUUGAAUUUGCAUUCCCUCUUUAUA